GCUGAGGUAGGAGCUGCUGAGAGGACACUCACGGAGCUGAGACGUAUGGUCCAGUCAUUGGAGACUGACCUGGACUCAAUGAGGAAUCUGAAGGCCAGUUUGGAGAACAGCCUGAGGGAGGUGGAGACGCGCUAUGCCAGGCAAUGGAACAGCUCAACGGGAUCCUACUGCACCUGGGGUCAGGCUGGCCCAGACCCGGACAGAGGGGCAGCGCCAGCCCCAGGAGCGUGAGGCCCUGCUGAACAUCAAGGUGAGGCUGGAGGCUGAGAUCACCACCUACCGCAGCCUGCUGGAAGAAGGGGAGGACUUCAGUCUUGAUGAUGCCCCGGACAAGAGCCACUCCUUACAAACCAUCCAGAAGACCACGACCCGCAGGACUGUGGAUGGCAGAGUGGGGUCUGAGGCCAACGACACCAAAGUUAAAGGCGGCAGAAGUGGGGCACCCCUGGUGGGGCAGGAGGCCAAUAGAAAGUUCAGGGUUUACUGAACAUUAAAAAAAGAAAUUAUUCUAUUUUUUGACAUAAAUUUCACAGAUACCUUCUAUGAGAAUUUAUAUUAAUUUUUCAGUGUGCCCAGAGCUGAAAUGUUUAUCAACUACUGAGGCAAAGGAAGAAAACAAUGAGCUGGGGAAUCACGCCAACUCUGCCACUUGCUGUGACUUAUUGAGUUAGAUUAGUUCUCCUUUUGUCACAAGACAGUGUUUGUCGACCUGGAUAAAGGAUUUUUGUGUUGUGAAUUUGUUGCCAUGAAGUUUAAAAGUGUGAAAAAUUAACAUAAGAGCAAUGGAAUCUCACGUGGGUGUUUAUGUACCUUCUGAAUGCACAUGAGCUCUGGUU